CUGUAGAUAUGGCAGUAUUCAAUACGUUUAAACAUCGGAUUAGUCACGUGCCUCAAUGAAUGACAGAGGUGACCCGAGUUCGCGACCUGAAAACCUGGAUCGAAAAAAGUUGGACCGCAGAUACAAAGACGACGAAGAGCAAUCAGUUAGCCAACAAACUUGCAAUUACUGGAUUUGCAAGCCUUUAAACAAAAGGGAAAUAGAAAUGGCCCCUCCAGUUCUUUUCGACACACUUCUCCGCGAGCGCACGGCAGCGCUGCUACAGUCCUCGUCAGAUUACCGCCGCUAUGCUCACCAUCUUUCAUCGCGUCUGCACAGACUCCGCAAGACGCUGAAGGUGCGUCGUCGGAUUUCGGCAAAGACGAAUCCAAAGUCUGCUGUUGUGACUGCUAGUGCCGAGACCGAGGCGACUGCGACGAGUGCGCCGAGUUCAAAGUACGAUGCGCAUGUGCCUUCGCCGAGUGAGUUGGCGACCGAUAAGCGGUUUGCUGGGUUAUUGCUUCUCGCGGCCGAGCGGGCCUGGGCGCAUGCGAUGGAGACCAAGGCUACGAUGGAGAACAGUGCGAGUGUUGCUCCCGAGAAGCGGAAGCAUGUUUUGCAGCGGCUCGAGAAGGCGCGCAAGCACGCUUCGCAGUUUGCGAGUAUCUUGCUCGAGUCGGACGAGAGUGGGUUUAGUGACUACGAUAAGUUGCAGGUGGUUUCUUACUCGGCAUUGUUGGCUGCCUCGGGUGCACUCGAGGCGUUUCAUUAUAACAAGGCUGUCGUGCAGUUCUCGAUUGCGUACACGGGCUUGCAGGGUCUUGCUCUUUCGCUCGCGGGCCCUGAUGCUAGCGACGACGACUCCGACACGGCCGAUCUCUACCGCGAUCUUCUUGACAGCACCGUCAUUCCUUCCCUCAAGUUUGCAGCUCUACAGGUUGAUCCCUCUCUCAGAUCCGAGGCAGUUUCCGCCAUCGCGCACAAGUUCAUUCCCGAAGACAACGUCGUCGUCGAGCUGGUUCAAAAAGUCGCAAAGGAUGAGGUCAAGGUCCGCGAGCUACUUACCGGCAAAAGCGACCACGCCGACGCGCUCGAGUUUGUCGACUCAAUCACCUGGCGCUCGCAUACCGCCCACCUUCGCGAUGCUACUGUUGCCGCGGCAAUUGUGUCUGCGCGCGGAGCAGACGAGGGGCUGUCGAAGACGCUCGCGGACGCAAAGACCGAGACCAGUGCGCCGGCGUUCGACCCCGCUUUGCUGGCAUGGCAGGACGCCGUCGACGCUAUCCACGAGACAAUAGUGGAGGCGAACUCGAGCGCGGGCGACGACGUGCAGGCGCGAGUGCAGGAGCUCUACAUCGUCUCGACCUUUGCGAGUUACAAUCUGAUUGCUCGUCGUAUCGCGCGUGAUAACCUGCUGGCUAGCAGCCUGCGGACGUCGCUCGAGGCAGGCACGAAGAAGGGUGCGCCGGUGAAGUCGAGUGCGUCAAAACUGAGAGCACUGUCUGGAAUCUACGAUGCCAUCCUGCAGUCGAUUGCGCAGAUUGUCGAUCUUCCUGGUGUUGCGAGCGACGAGCCUUUGUCGGACGCACUUGCUUCGCUCCAGAAGUACUACAGUGCGCACAAGUGUGCCUCCGACGCAGCGGCCCUGCUGAGCGGCUCGCCCGCCAACGUGGGCUCGUGGAUGAAGGCUGAGAGCUUGGUGUCCGAGAUUGACGAGAUGGCGCUGAACCUCGACGGCGAGACGAAGAGCGAUAUGACGGCCGAGCUGUUGUUCAAAGCCGACGUGCCUGCUCUGCGUAAGCUCGUGGCGAGCGGACUCGGGUCUGCAAAGGAGCAGCAGGCUGCUGCGAAGGUGACCCAGCAGAAGCGCGAGUAUGCGAAAGCACACAAGGGAAGCGCUCCGUUUGUGGUCGAGGAUCUCACCGCGGAGCCGGUGUUUGUCGAGCUCGACCGCCUGGUGGACUUGCAGCACAUUGGAAAGAAAAUCAAGCCGGUCCCUGCCAAGCCUGUAUUCUUUGACACCGCGUUCAACUUCAUUGGGUACGAGCAGAGCGAGCAGAGUUCGUCGACGGUACCUGUCGCGGCUGCUGCCGGUCGCGGACAGGCUGCUGUAGCGGGCGCUUUGGCGGAUGACGCAAUGGAGACUAAGGAUGAAUCAACUGCGGCUACCGCAAAGAAGGGCUGGUUUUGGCGGCGGUAGAUUUGCCCGUCAUUCCAGCAAAACAAAAGCAAAAGAUUAGUCAUUGAGAGGAGAGAAGUAAAAGCUUGAUGUUUGAAUCAUUCUGAGCAGGACGGGUAGUUAUCGGUGAACCAACUCGUUAUCAUAUCUACAUUGUAAAUCGCUAUUGUUUUGUUUUCCUCUGCGUUUUCUUCAUGAGUUUUGUACUUUUUCCGCCGCGUCUAUGUUUUCUUCUAUGUUGUAAUACUUGACCUGUUUGAAUAGAGAAAGAUGUAAGGGUAACGAGCUUUGGUACAUACGAAUGUUCAUGUUUCAGUGUACACUAUUUAUGUGGAAAAUGUCGGAUUAUAAAGUUAAUGACGCCAUCUCCACAAGCACAUGUACUGGCAACCAGAUCAAGAGAAGAAGGACGAUCCACCUAUGUUGAACUACGCUGACCGAGAAUUUAACCAAGAA